AGAGAAAGAAAAGAGAAAGAACGAGAGAAUGAGAAAGACAGAACCAUCCUUUCCAACUCCGUGCACAAACGCUCUCUGAAACACAUGGGGAGAGAGAGAGAGAGAGAGAGAGAGAGAGAGAGAGAGAGAGAGAGAGAGAGAGAGAGAGAGAGAGAG